AUGUCUUCCUUUAUCAAAUACUUAACUACCAAUUUUCUUUUAUCUUCUUUCUGCGCGAAUUCAUUCUGCUUUAUUUAUUCGCUGUCUCUCUUUCUCCCUUUCUCACUCUUUCUCUUUCUUACGCUUUCUCUCUCUCUCUUUCUUUCUUUCUCUUUCUUAGUUUUUCUUUGUUACACUUUCUGUCUUUUCUUUCCUCUCCCUCUCUUUGUUUGUCUUUCUUUCUUUCUUUCUUUCUUUCACCCUCUGUUUCUCUCUGUCUCUCUCUCUGUCUCUUUAUUAGUCUCUCUCUUUUUCGCGAACUUUUUCCCCUUUCUCUCCCUUUUUUCUCUUUUCCUAUCUGUCUCAUUCUCUCUUCUCUCUCUCUCUCUCUCCCUCUCUCUCUCUCUCUCUUCUUUGUGUCUCUGUUCCUUUUUCUCGUGUUCUUUCUUUUUCCAUCUCUUUCUCUGUGACCAUCUCUUUCUUUCUUUUUCUUUCUUUCUCUAUCUCUAUUUACUCUUUCUCGUCCUCUCUUUCCCCCUCUUUCCCUCUCUUUCUCUUUCAGGUCCUCGCUCUCUGUCUGUGUUUCUCUCUUUUCUUUCCCCCCCCUCUCUCUCUCUCUCUCUCUCUCUCUCUCACUUUAUUGCUCAAUUUUUCUUUCUCAUUUUCACUCUCUCUUUAUUCUCACUUUUUUCCUCUUUAUUUCUUUGUUUAUCCCCCUAUGGAUUUUUCUCACACUUGCUCUGUCUCUCUCCUUCUUUCUCUCUUUCUCUCACUAAUUCUUUCUCCUUAUCUUUUCUUUUCCUCGCUAUCUAUUUGUUCACUUUUUCUUUCUCCUUCUCUCUUCGAACCAUUUCUCGCUCUUCUUCUUCGAACCAUUUUCCUUCGCUUCAUCUCCAUUGUUAUUUUAUAUCCUCUUUUUCUCAUUCCUUAUUUUUCCUUCUUUCUUUCUUUCUUUCUUUUGCUUCCUUUCUUUAUACCUUUAUUUUUCUUUUUUCUUUCUUUUUUUUCUUUCUUUUGCCCUCUUUCUUUCCUUUUUUGCUUUCUUUCUUUUUUGUUUCCUUCGUAUUCUUUCUUUUUCCUUUUUCCUUUCCUUCUUUCUUUAUCUUUGACAAUCAAUUCGGCCUGACUACCUUUUAG